CAUGGAUAUUUCAAGUAGGAUUGCUGAAUAUUUGAGUAGAGAAACUAUGCAAAAUGAAACACUAUUGAUUGUCUUAAAUUUUUGGAUGAAAAUAUUAUUAAGCAAAAAAGUCCAUAAUAAAGCAACUAAUUUUCAAUACAAGACAUCUUCGUUAAAAAGAAAUAAUGAGAAAGCAAAUACAGCAUGCUUACUUAAUACUAAUGGAGUAAAGAGACAACGUAGUCAAAAAGAUUCCACAUUCGAACUUUUAACAAAGGAAAGUCUAGAUACAAAUGAGGAUUUGAUUAUCAGAAACUUUAAGUUUUGCAACAGUCUUGCAUAUUAUGACAUAUUAGAUUUGACACCAGGCACAAACAAUAAUUUUGUUAAAAACUAUUUGCCACCGGAAGUAUAUGAUCAGCUUAUAACUCAUGAACCAACACUACAAGAAAGAGAUUAUAAUGAAAUCAAAGAUUUUAUUAAUAAUAUGAUAAAAAAAUCUAGAAAUUGGGGAAUCUACUAA